CACUCGUGAGCCCCAGUAGUAGACCUUGUCUGUAUUGCCGCCGUUCACACAAUACCAGCGGCUUAUCAUAGCGCUGUUUAGGCCCCUGAGAACCAUCUCACCAACAGCUCAUAAGUUGUAACUCGUGUAAGCCUAUAUACUUGUACUUUUGAAACAAUGUCUGAAGAAGUCAAUCUUGCCUCUAGCGAUUUCCAAUCAAUCGAAGGACUAAACGAAGAACUUGGAGCAAAGGCAGAAAAACAGAAAAGCACCGGCGAUGAUGACCAAGCACAAGGGGACAGGCUUACAUUGAGGAACAGAGCAGUAGAUAAGGGCAAGAAGAUCAUUGUCUUUCUCGUUCCCAUAUUUGCCAGUGUGAUAGUGAACAUCAUAGCUGGGUUCUUCUACAUGUCGUUCCUGUUCGUCGUCCAGAUUGUUGUUACAAGGGCAUUCGAUGAAGAUGGAGAGAUGGUCACUAAAGUACAAAACACAUUUAGGGUGUUUUCUGCGCUGGCAACUGCUUCCUGUGCGCCGCUUAUGAUCAGAUACGGCUUCCGGAAGGUCGCCCUGGGCGGAAGUGUUCUACUCAUCUUUUCCUGUAUCUCGUCGUCAUUGACAACCACAGCUGACAUUCUGACUAUACCAUAUGGAUUUAUGGGAGGCAUUGCUUUGGGCCUUCUACGGACUACUGGUUUGGUGGCCACCAUCGACUACCUCAACACUCGCCCAGCUCUCGCUCUCUUCAUCAGCGUCAUCAGCUUCGUCAUUGGGAACAUCAUCGGCAUCAUUGUCAUCAUCUUCGACUUGAUUCAAUAUCUGGACAGUAGACGGAGGUGGUCCAACGUCAUGAGAGUGUUUGAGAUAACGGCUGUGAUAGGACUUCUCGCUGGUAGUUUUCUGCAGAAGAACUCACAGACCCAGCAGAAUGUGCCCAAGCUCUUCAAACAUCCACCUUUUUAUUUCCUCAUAUGGAUUAGAGUUGCCGCUUCGGUUGGAUUGUCAAUUCUCCUACCGUCGGCUCAACUCAUCCCUUCUGUAAGAGGCUUCAACACAAGCUUGGCUAGCACCAUUUUGUAUUUCGUCCUCUUCGUCAGUCAGUUGAUCGUGCUGAUUGUUCUGCUGAUCAUCCGAAAGUUCCAGAGAGAAAAUCUUAAAAAGUCAGCUCUUUUAUCGAUGGGAAUCCUGAUCUUAGUUAUCGGCCUUGGCACCAUGGUCCACCAGGUGGCGUUUGUUAACAUUUGGGUUGUAGGAGUUUUUGCCUUGGUGCUGGGAACCGUGACUGCGUUCGCUCAAGUAAUGAUGCCACUGGCGUUGGUCCACGCCACGGGAAGAAGCAACUUGAAACUCUCCCUACCAAUGCUGGGAUGCUUUGAAGAGGUGGGGGGACUUGUAGGCGGCUCUAGCAUGGCAAAAAUCAUAAAAGAAACAUCCUCUGUAAAUGGAGCCUUGUAUUUUGCUGGAGUGUCCCUGAUCAUUGCCGGAGUUGGUGCCAUCAUUGCAUGGGUGCUGAUAAAACGCUGGCCCCCUCUCAGUGAUGUGGCUGUCUCCCGGGCUUUUGUGAGGGGCGUCGAGAACGCUGGCGAGGAGGAGGAGGAGGCUGAGGACACCGGAGAGGACACUGGCAAUGGCGAGACUGCUGGGACCCAGUAGCUGGUGUUUCACACGUCGAUUGUGAAACAUGGACAGCUUGAAACUCUAUCUCGGAUAUCUGCGACACUGGAUACAUUGUUGAUGUUGAUGUUAGUAUUGCAAAUGCCAGAAUGUCUGUUAUGAAGACAAGCGAGUUGAAUAUUGAAUAAUUGUUAUCAUUGCGUCAACGAUGUUGGUUUGUUCACGGCUAUGAUGAUGAAAGAUAGUGAUCUUGAAUUUUAAUUUUUUGUUUGCAAAACCUAAAACAAUGAUAUACAGUCAUGCACCUGCUUGAAAAUAUAAAAAAAUAUGCUUUGAAAAUCAACUCGAAUGUUUGAAUAAAAAGGUUUUCAUUUGAAAAA